AUGAAACGUGAGCCCGGGUAGCCUAGGACUCCAGAGCGGACGCCGACCCCGCGCCAGAGCGCUCGGGCGCAAGACAAAGAGACCGCGGUCCCCACGCAGCCCGCCGCGCCACGGGCGCCCCGGCUCCGCGGAACUCCACACCCGGCCCCUGGGCAAUGGCCAGGGCUCCGCUCGACCCCGCUUUCCGGAGCGCGGCUCUCUCCAUAUGACAACCCUCCAUCCUUUCCUUCCCCCACUGUUCCAAGCUGGCCCUUCGCUCCCAGCCUCUCUCCGGUCUGUCGGUCCAUCUGUCCUGGCGCGCAACCUCGGCCACCGGCGUGGAUGGACGCGUCGAGGCUGCCCGGGCGUCCAGGGGUCUUGCUUUCGAAGUUGGUCCUGCUCUUUGUCUGCGCAGAUUGCCUUGCUCAAUGUGGCAGUGAAUGCAGAUCUUACUGCUGUGAUGGAACCACGCCCUACUGUUGCUCCUACUAUGCUUAUAUUGGGAAUAUCCUCUCGGGCACUGCCAUCGCCGGCAUUGUGUUUGGAAUUGUAUUCAUCAUGGGGGUUAUUGCUGGAAUUGCCAUCUGCAUCUGCAUGUGUGUAAAGAACAACCGGGGCACCCGGGUGGGUGUCAUCAGAACCACCCACAUCAACGCCAUCUCCUCCUACCCUGCAGCACCACCCCCCUACGGUUAUGACCACGAGAUGGAAUACUGUGCAGACUUGCCUCCUCCGUACUCGCCGACCCCACAGCCUUCAGCACAGCGCUCUCCACCCCCUCCUUAUCCUGGAAAUUCAAGGAAAUAAUCCUUCCCCCAGACCAGCACAAGUACCAACUAGUGAUCUUGCCUGGAAUAAAAUGUCUCUGCUCAGAAACAGGCAAGAGUCAGAUAGUAUUUCAGGUGGCAUGGCCAUGCUAAGAGAUACAGGAUUCCUACUCUGCUCAAAGCUGACCUCUUCUGGAGUGUUAUGUUUGGAUCUGGGAGACCACAUUUUAAGAGAUCUACUGAUCCACUUUUCUGUACUCUCCACUUAAGCACAGAGAAGAGUAAUGAGACUGAUGAAACAUCUGACAAUCAGGUUGUUCAGGGACUAAACGAAGGAAAUUUUGGAAAAGAGAAGAGUUAAGUAGGGCAGGAGGAUAGCUUGAGCUACAUAAGGAAGCCACUCUACGUAGUUUCAAAAGUCAAGACUAGGGUAGUUCAUGAUUUCAUUCUACAGUAAACACAUACUGAGUGUCUGAGAUCCUAUUAUGUGCCCGGCACUGUUUGAGGCACCGGAUGGAAAUUACAGAAAGGGAACUCUGGUUUACUAUAAGACAUAGGACUCGGAGCUUUCUGAUUCGCUAGAUUGUUUUGUGAAGCUUCCUGCUGCCAAGAUUUCAAAAACAAUUUGGCUGACUAUCUGGCAGAGCUACGCUCUAGAAGAGAUACCUAAGUCAAACGGCAGGUGGGUCCAGUGGGCCGCACAAGUUCUGCUUAUGUUUUGGGUAGGUGUGAAGUGAAUUUAUACGUGUUCAGGGAUGAAAACAACAGGAAGAGUUGAAUCUUAUUGGUUUAAAUAGAAAGUUAAAACAGGAUCAAAGGGAUUCAACAGCUGCUUAAAGCCAAAAAACUCUUCAACGCCAGCCAGCUACUGCCACCUAAAAGGCAUCUGGCUUUAUUUAGCUGAUCAGGUAAAGGUUAUUGCAACUGUGAAGGGAAAAAAAAAAACAUAUCAAGUUUUACAGGCAAGAAAUACUUCACUUCAGAGUAAAAGAUGAGAGGCCAAGUAUUCCCACAGAAUUUCAGGUCAGGGAGCAAGAUUUGAGAACUCGACCGUAAAAAUAUACAGCAGGCCUGCAGAAAGACUUGAAAGGGGAAAUGGAAGCUUGAAAUCUGUUCUGUGAAAGUAUUGGACAAAUUUUUGGUUUCCUUUUGUAAAAUUUUGAUAAUGUAUUCUCUUUAAAAAGUCAUAGAGUUCACCAAAAAGGUUGAGAUACUGACAUCAAACUGUCACCUUUUGCCAAAAUGCACAUUUUUAUGAAGUGCCUACCUUUAGAGAUAAAAACAUUGGACAAAUAAUUCUGAUGUGCCAUAUUUUGCUGCAAGUGACCUUAACAUUUCUACAAUGUUUAUGAGAGUCCUUUCAUGCAUUUAAAACUUGUAUGUUGAAUGUUGGGAACAGAUAGUCAUAUUUUUGUGUCACUUUCAAUGUUUAAAUCUAAACUGUUUAAUCCAAUAUCAUCAUCAUCAUUCAGUGAUAUCUCAAAGUGAUGCCAAGAAUUUUGAAUAGGAUGGUCAACACAAACAUCUUAAGGUAUAAAUUAUGUUAAGAAACAUACUACAUAGUGAAUAUAAUUACCAUAGCUUAUCAUACUUUAAAAUACCUCCACUAGAAAUACACUGAUCUGAAAUAAAAUCUAACUGCCAGUAAGGUCUAAAGCAGUGGUUCUCAACCUUCCAAUGCUGCAAUGCAUUUUCAUUGUUAAAAAGGGGUCGCGACCCACAGGUUGAGAACUGCUGGUCUAAAGGCUAGAUUUGUUUUUAAUGACUUCCUUGAUUUUUAUACUCUGGUGAUUAUCUCACAUAGAAAACUGCAAAGCAUUCAAGAGUUCCGGUCUGUUCUAAUGAGGAGCUCCCUGACUUAUAUCAAGUGUUUUUAGCACAAUUUUAAUAGUAUAUAUGCUUUAAUUUAUUUCUCUUCUGUGUGUGAUCAGACCCAACUACACUGCAGCUAUGACACUCCAAGUACCAGCGUCUGCAUGAUUGGAGAAUAUAGGGUGCAAAUACACCAUAUAUUCCUUAAGAAAAAUAGAAAAGACCAGCAGAAAUAGAAUUUUCAUCAUCUUCACCAUCAAUAAACAUUUAUUGCAUACGUCCUGUGUUCUGUAAAUAUUCCCCACAUCGAAGCCAUUUCGGUCCACUCCAUCUCUCUUCUUUGAGUUGUUUAUGGCCUCCCUUAAGGCAUAUCCCAAACCCAUAAACCUACAAUAGAUGGAUCUUUUUUACUGUUUGCAUUUAAUGUCACAAUAGCAUAAAUGUGCACCUUACCAGUGUAGACUUUUGGAGUUUACUGAUUGUUUUCAUAGAUGAUGCUUCUUGAGGGGAAACAGCAUAUGGAUGUGAAAGCUUUGAAUAAUGGUUAUUUAAAAACUAACAUAUUUGCUGUGGCCAAAGUGUUACGAUAAGCAAUAAAAUGAAAGAACCUGUUAUAAUAAGGAUUAUA